GGGGGUAGGUGUGCGGGAGACACUCAGAGCCCGGGUGCGUGGAGGCAGAUAAGCAGGGGGGCUCUUAGCGGCAGCUCAGAGGGUAUUCUUUGUAGCAAUAGGCUGUCUGGGAGUGAUGGGGAUUGAGGGUCCCAGGGACAUAGCCUAGGGGCAGAAGUGUGCUUGCAAGAGCCUGCGUGAGGGAGCAUUAGAAAGUUUGGGCUCAGAAGAGACAGACUCUAGAGGGGGUCUCUGUAUAGGUCUCUAGAGGGGGUCUCUGUAUAGGUCUCUAGACCCCCACUUCCCUGGUGAGCGUGCAUGGUGAUUGGCCAUGAUCUGGGCACGUUGGAAGUGAUCCCAGAUCUCGCCUCCGGUCCUAAGACUGAGGCCGGCGCCUUAGAAGUUGCUCGGCGGUUUUGGGUCCUGGCUGCGAUGAGACUUUCCAUGUUGCUGUCAUUGCUGCGGCCCGCGGGCCCCGUGGUGGUCGGCAUCUCCUUGGGCUUCACUCUCAGCCUGUUGAGUAUAACGUGGGUGGAUGAGCCGUGUGGGAGUUUCUUAAAGCUUCCGGGGGGCUCAGGAGCGGCUUCUGACCCCGUCCACGACAGGAGCAACGUUAACGCGGCCCGGAAACCCAACUCGGUCCCGGCCGGGAUGGAGAACAAUGAAAACUUUGAGCCCCGGAUCAUCCCCUACAACCCGCCGGACCCCCAGAAAGUGCAGGAGAAACCUAUGCGAUCUCGUUAUAUCAGUACAGAACUUGGCAUAAGAGAACGUCUCUUUGUUGGAGUCCUAACGUCCAAGACCACCCUCAACACCCUGGCUGUUGCAGUAAACCGGACGUUGGGACAUCGGCUGGAGAAGCUGGUAUACUUCACGGGCAUGCGCGGACGGAAGCUUCCCCACGGCAUGACCGUGGUGACCCAUGGAGACGACCGCCCCAUCUGGAACAUGUACCAGACCGUGAAGCAUCUGCUGGAUCACUACGUACAGGAGUACGACUGGUUCUUCCUGGUGCAGGACGACACGUACACCGAGGCCCAUCGCAUCUCACGCCUGGCCGCUCACCUCAGCAUAGACGCCGACCUCUACCUGGGCCGGCCCGAGGAGUUCAUCGGAGGCGACACCGAGGGGAGAUACUGCUACGGGGGCUUCGGCUACCUGCUGUCACGAAGCCUCCUCAAGAAGCUGCAGCCGCAUCUCGAAAACUGUCGCAACGAUAUCCUCAGUGCCCGACCGGACGAAUGGCUCGGGAGAUGCAUCAUCGAUUAUACGCACGUGAACUGCGUGGAGGAGCACGAGGGAAUACGCUACCGUUACUUCGAGCUGGGGAAGAACGCAGAUCCCGAGAGAGAGGGGGACCCCAUGUUUAAGAACGCCUUCACAGCCCACCCGGUGCUGGACCCGUCGCAGAUGUACCGCCUGCACAAACACUUUGCCCACCUGGAGCUGGAGAGGAUUUACCAAGAGAUCGAACAGCUGCAGCGGCAGGUACAGAACACCAGCAGCCUGUCCGUGGAAGGGGAGCAAUCGGCCACGUGGCCCCUCGGAAUCAACCCUCCCUUCCAUCCACGGACGCGUUUCGAGGUUCUGCGGUGGGAUUACUUCACCGAAGACCAAACGUUUUCCUGUAACGACGGCUCCCCGAAAUGUGAGCUCAUCGGGGCCGACCUGGCGGAUGUGACCGAUGUCAUCAGCACCGCCGUGGACGAGCUGAACCGCAAGUACCAGCCCGUCCUUCAUGUGCGUAAACAGCAGCUUCUGAACGGCUACAGACGUUUCGACCCAACGCGGGGCAUGGAGUAUACGCUGGAUCUGCAGCUGGAGCUGGUGACCCAGAAGGGGCACAGCCGUUCCAUAACAAAGAGGGUCCACCUGGUGCGCCCGCUGAGCGAGGUUGAAAUCAUUCCGAUGCCGUACGUUACUGAGGCGAGCCGGAUCAACGUGAUCUUACCGCUGACCGCGCAAGACCGAGAACACGCGCCCCGCUUCCUUCAGGCCUUCACGGACAUCCAAGGCAACGAGAACUCCCUUCUCACUCUCCUCUUUAUCUACGACCCCUUCCAGGCUCAGCAGGUCAGUCAGAAUGACGUCUUUGGCCAAGUAAAAAGUCAGAUUGCUGAAUACGAGCGCAAGUACCACGACCUGAAGAUCCCAUGGAUCAGCGUCAAGACCGAUGCCCCCUCUCAGAUCCGGCUGAUGGACAUCAUCUCCAAGAAGCACCCGGUGGACACCCUGUUCUUCCUCGCCGGCGUCGGCAGCCACAUCAACACCGAAUUCCUGAAUCGCUGCCGCAUGAACACCAUCAGCAACUGGCAGGUGUUCUUCCCCAUCCACUUCCAAGGCUUCAACCCCGAGGUGUCUGAACACGGCCAACAAACGCACCGCGCCACGCUGGAACUCGUGAGGGACGCCGGGCACUUCGACAGGGAUGUGUUUGACGAGGCGUGCUUCUACAACGCCGACUACAUGGCCGCCAGAACAAAGAUGGCAGCCGACGCUCAGGAAAACGAGGAGAUCCUGGAAAUGCUAGACAUCUACGAGAUGUUUAUCCGCUAUUCCGGGCUCCACGUCUUCCGGGCAGUGGAACCGGCGCUCCUGCAGCAUUAUCGUUCUCGCGCAUGUAACCCGCGGCUCAGCGAGGAGAUCUAUCACCGCUGUGUGCAGAGCAACCUGGAAGGACUGGGCUCUCGCUCCCAGCUCGCCAUGCUGCUUUUUGAGCAGGAACAAGGGAACAGCACUUGACCCGUACCUUGAACCUUCCAUCUUUGAUCCCCGCACAGGGACUGGGAGGGAUAUGAAGGCUGCCUUAGCCUUUCCAGGACAAUGCUGUUGGCGCCCAGGGGCAGGACCUUACUUGAACAUUCAGAAUACUCCAUAUUCUAGCACAUUCUGCGCAUCGUUGCUAAACACGACUCUCUAUAGACUGGGAGACUUCAAUCCGACGUGAGGGAACGUUCCUUCCAAUAGUGAC